AUGUAUUCAUUUAAUGCUCUUGCUUAUCUCCUCACGUUCAGCAUGCCCUCUCAAUUGAGAAAACUAUUUAACUUGAUACUGACCACCUUUAUUAUUGUAACGGCAUCUUCAGAUUCAGACUCACGAGAGGAACAUAGCUCAGAAAACCAAGAAUAUAAUGAAGUAUUUAAUCUCAGCUUAAAAGAAAAACCCAAGAGAACUAGGCAAGAGCAGCACCAGUGCUUUAAUGCUGAAACUUCUUCUGAGAUUACGAAUAAACCUCAGUGCGGUUACCAGGAUCACAUAAGUACCGAGAAGCGAGUUAAAGACGAAAGUACUUUAAGCAGAUAUCCUUUUUCCGCCUCUAUACAAAGAAAGGGAGCACAUUACGCUACAGGUGCUCUUCUUAACAACAGAUGGAUCCUGAGUUCAGCUGGAGAGUUUUAUAAUGUGAGGGAAUCAAUAAAACUAUUUAAGGUGAGAUUAGGCUCAAGUGAUUGCAAAAGAGGCGGUGUUUUAAUACCAAUAAGGGGGUUGGUGAUUCACCCGUCUUACAUUUUUGGUAAACCAAGCUUCGACCUGGCAAUGCUGAAAAUAGCAGUCCCCGUUAAUUAUUCUCCAGCCAUCAGGCCGGUCAGGCUAUCGAAGGUCACAGCUAAACUCUUGGAUGCCAACUUCCUAACGACCUAUUGGCCUAGGAUCAUAAUCAAAGGUCGAACGAUAUCUCCGUCGGCGAGCGAGCGCACAAGGCCGAGCAGCAUGAGGGUGUCCACGCAGAGCACCGUACCCCGCGAGGACUGCGAGGAAGUCAUGGAGGAGCAGAACGAAACGCUCGGAGGAGACAGCUUUUGUCUGAAGCCGGUUGGCGGACACCACAGCGCUUGCAGCCCGGACGUCGGCGCGCCAGUUAUUGCAAAUGACGGACUUUGGGGCAUCACGUCGGGAUGGACGUCGAGGGACUGCGAGCGGAAUGAAAGUCCCACAAUAAUAACACGCACCUCCUCGUCGGGCAUGCGCGCCUGGUUAGACGAACAGCUGUUGGAUACUUAA